AUGACGAGCCUCUGGCUCCUGGAGGCAAAAGAGUUCGCAGAUGAUGACCGACCUCUGGAAAGCAGAACAGUCAAGUAUUUCCUGAAACCAGGGACCUAUAGCGUGGGUCGUCUGGCGGGCCAGUGCGACAUCGCUGUAACAGACGACAAGAGCAUUUCGAGGGAGCAUGCACACCUCUGGGUGCCAGGGCCCGAAGCCUGGGAAAGCGAGGCCCAAGGGCCCUUUGUUCGUGUCUCUGACACGAGCCGCUAUGGCACCCUGGUGACCCCGACCAAUGAGGGAAUGCUCGCCAGAGGGAAGGACAAGGAGGCCGUGGCAAGGCAUGAAUUCUACAUCAAGUUUGGUUUGAAGUCCCCAUUCAGGCUCCGCGCCUGGGAUGAGCAUGAAGGGGUGUGGCGCCACGAUGCCCCCGACGAGGCGGCCCAUCCUCCAAAGCUGGCAGGGAGCAGGUCAGUGGCGGACCUGAACUCCUUCCUGAGGGAUCUCGAGGCGCAGCAGGCACUCAAGGACCAGGCAUUUGCGUGGGAGGGGAAGGCCAAGGACGCACUAUGGGCAGGCACAGACCCGCUGGGAGCCCUGCAGGUGGCACGGCCCCCGACAGACGUGCCCGCGGCAGAGGAGCACACGGGCGACACCACCGAGGCGUCAGAGGAUGAGGGCACGAUGGCUCUGGGCCCGCCCAAGCCCCCCAAGCGGCCGAGGGCACCGACCGCCCGCCCGUCGCGCCUGGCUCUGGCCGCUGCUGCGGGUCACCAGGACUGA